AGUCAGGCGUACUCCUGUCCUGCAGAUGUCGCUGCAGUUUGCUGUAAAUGACUCAUGUAGGGAGAGAGAGAGAGACAGAGGGCUGGACUGACUGGAACACAACGGGAGUUUGUGCUCUGCUGAGUUUUUGGCCAUGAGAGUGAGACAGUCAGUCUAGACGCUGUUGACAGGCUCGUCUGGAGGAGAGAGAGACAGACGCGUUCCUCUGCGGCUCUGUCUUCAGCGACAGCACGCGCUUUCCAACUUUUUCAUGAGAUGAACCUCCGGCCCCUCUGAGGAAGGAUGGUACGCCUGGCACAUUGGAUAGGACAGUGCCCAUGGGCAUCUGCGUCACUUGUAAAGCAAUCUUGAGCAGUAGUAAGACAGUCAUAGCAGACUUCUUGUGUGAAAGUUUUCACAGUUGGCCAUGGCUGCAUUUCCAUGGCUCGGAGGAUAGGGUGCUUGUUUAGAGAGUCAGCUGGUCAUUUUAGCAAAGUCCAACACUUCCUUUGACCCGCGGAGACUGAAGGAGAAGCAUACGUCUCGAACCAGAGGAUUCAAAAUGGAGGUGGCACAGGCACGCUGUCACGAAAGCUCCUCUUUCUGCUGGACUGGUUAACACUGCAGUCAAUAGCAUUACUGCAAGGGCAGUAUGCAGGCUGCUGACUACCCAGCCACAAACAAUAACACAGGUCCCUCGGCCCGGCCAGUCGGUCACAGAUGGCCUUGUCUGCUAAAAGUGAACUGAUAGCAGGUGACAUCAACAGCCGGGCUGGGGAAGAGCACGCAGGGUGGUUUAAGGUCUUAUCAGGGCCGGAUGAGUCAUGAGAAUGGCAGAGUGUAAGUUCCGCUGCACCAACGGCAGAUGUCUGAAACUUCUCUCGCUGAUCUGCAAUCAUCUGAAUGAAUGUGGAGACAACAGCGAUGAGGAACACUGUCCCGCUGCUGUACCUCCACCUCCAGACACCAUCCAGUCUGAACUGGAGUUUGUUCAGAUAAUAAUCAUAAUUGUGGUGAUGACUGUAAUGGUAGUUGUGAUCAUCUGUUUGCUGAACCACUAUCGGCUGUCGGCCUGGGCCUUCCUCACACGCCACAGCCAGGCACGUCGACGAGAAAACGGCAUGCAGCCGGAUGGCUGUGCAUGGCCAACAGACAGUUUGGUGACGCAACAAGGAGCCACCGAGGUGAUGUACGGGCCACGGAGCGGAGAGCGCUUCAACACACCAUUUAUGCAAAGGGACCGAUUCAGCCGCUUCCAGCCCACCUACCCUUACCUGCAGCAGGACAUCCACUUGCCACCCACCAUCUGCCUGUCAGAUGGAGAGGAGCCGCCGCCCUACAAGGGUCCCUGCACGCUGCAGCUCAGAGACCCCGAGCAGCAGCUGGAGCUAAGCCGCGCAUCUGUGCGUGCGCCCCCCAACCGGACCAUUUUCGACAGCGACCUGAUAGACGUUUACGUGCACGGAGGCGGGCCCCGGCCCCCUAGCAGCAACUCUGGGAAGAGCGCCUCGAACUCACAAGUGGAGGGCCCGCCGCCCACCUAUAGUGAGGUGAUGGGUCAGACGUAUCCAGGCUCCGCCUCCUUCUUGCACCAGCACAGCAAUAACGCACCACCCUCCAACCAGAGGACAGCCAGCCGCUCGGCCCAACCUGCCGCAAGCACAACACUGUUCGUCAAGGUUAAGGAAGGCCGGCGGGACAAACCCGUGUGACUAGAAGGCGCAGAGAGUGGCCGAUCCAUCGCCCGCGCUCUCUGGCACCGCCUCCUGGAUUUCAAAGGGGUGGUAGCUCGGCUUACGGCACACUCCCCUUGCACAAUUUCGAAAUGAAAAUUGAGGAACCAAGCUUACAAAGUUUAUUUUUUUGUGUAUUUUUUGGUUUCGGUUUCUUGCUAGAACUUGGGGGCCUUGUAUGGAUAUUUGGGCUCCUUGGCUAAAUCGUUUUGUACGCUCUCCUGUAUUUAAAGAAAAGGUGUGUCGGCACAGAAGGUUUGCGUGAGAGACCGGUCAUAGGAUUGAGAUAUUUACUUUGUUUGUUUGUGCAUCUCCAGGACCCGUGCAAAAAAAUCGAGUGCCAUGAGAAAAUCUUAAAUCUUGGGGACGUGACUCACAACGACGACAACAAAGAGUCUUUACGUUGCACUUGUUCUUUUGAAACAGGAGACAUGGUCACCCUUAGUUACUUUUGAUACGUCAGUGCACAGGUGUUCUUUGACUUACCUGGAACUUUCUUUUCAUGUUUUUCUGAAAUGGAGACGCAGAACUCUGAUCCAGCCUAUAACCUCCAGAAAGGAACUGCGUCAUGGCACUUAUUUACAAAAGGGGUUUAGCAAACUGUUCAAAUUCCAGAUCAUUUUCCACUGACCAAGCGAGAGAUAUUGGCAUGGACGACACAUACCCCACUUUCAUCCUGUCGAGUAGCACUUUAAACUUGCGUCACUUCAGCAUUGUCACGGGGUCCAAGUGCAAGGGAAUCAUGGGAACUUUAGUCUUAUGCACAUCCCCUGUCCCCUCCUGAAUGAGCGUGUCAUAUCUCAUGUUUGUUUACUAUUUUAAACCGCAAAAAAGCAUGCAUAUAGUUUUCCAGUUAUCCAUACUAUGCUUUAGUUGACAAUCGUAUACGGAUCUCAUAUUUUCGUUUCUUAUCCUCCUGGAAUGCCGUUUUAUUCCGUGGCACCACAGGAACACUGUUUUGCCUGUCGUUUGUUUAUCCGACACCAGUAUUUAUUCGUUGUCCACGCAGGUGUACAUCCACGUUUUCUUCUCAUCACCACAUGGCACGCAUUGGGAAUGCUCUCAGACACGCCAUCUGUUUUUGGCCUUAACUUUAGAAAGUCCCGUAGAAAACCGGGCUAUUUAUUUAUUAACUAGCUAUUUAUUGAAGGUAUUGGUUGACGUGGGUGGGAAAGCCAUUUAUUCACGUUUGAUACCACUCCCACCCCUUUGGAAAGAUGUCCAUCCGGUGUUAUCCUGCUUCGGCUCUGCUUGCCGUCACUCAUUCUGACCGCACGGUUUGAGUUUGUACUGUAUCGCUGCUGCUACGCGCUGCUACUGCUGCUGCUGCUCUUUGUUCGGUGUGUCCGCAUCCCCAUUACUUUAUAUUUGCUUACCGACCGCCACUUACAUACUUGUGCUUUUAGUUCGCUUUAGCUCUUGGUUAACUUGGUCGUCGUAGGUAAACAAAUGGAAAUGUAUUUGUACGUUCGCAGCCGAGAGGUUGGCAUGUUACUUUUCCAUGAGCGAAUUCGGUGCCUAACAGUGAUGUUUAAGCAGACAUAGAAACCCACUUGCACUCAAAAGUCCCCACCUUUGUUGUGCCUCACUUCCUAUGGUGCUUCUUUCAGUAGUCGAACUCUGUUUAUUUGUACGGUGCUGUAUAUAACUUGAAUAUAUUAUGCACAUAUCCUACCCAAUGGGUAGACAACCACAAGAAAGCAUUGUUAAUACUGUAAUAUAUUGUAUAGAUGAUAAUAUUAAAAAGAGAAAUUUAACAAGGUGGCAUCAAGUUUUGUGAAUGCCUUCAAUUGUGCUUUGUCUUUUUUGUGAAACAGAGUAACGUUUGCAAGGAGAAAUGCUACAUUAUGGUCAUAUAUAAAUACAACAAAAAUACUUCUUAUAUUUUUUUCCUAUAUGGUAAAAUGCAAAUCUGUUAUGUGAUGAAAUGAAUAUAAAGCAGUUAUAUAAAGGAGAACUAGCUGCUGCUUUUGUAACUUCCAGAGAGCAACUUAUAAAUGCCAGCGCUUGUCAUUUUAUUUAUUUCAAGUUUGUUUUGUGACUGCUAGCUGUUUGGACUUGUAAUAACCACGCUCGGUCGAUCGCAGAAAAUGACCUGACGUAACAUAUUUGUAUCCUAGUUAACAAAAGAAAUGAAACGGAUUCUUUUGCGAAGGUUUCGUGUCGGGGUGAGGCUGUGUCAUUUUGGUUGUAGGCAGACCUGACGAGAGAGGAUUUGGGCGAUGCAUUUUGGAUAUCAUUUCGUUUCUUUCUUUCUACACAUAGUCAAGUGUGUGAUAUAUAAAUAUAUAAAUAUAUACAGUAAAAGAGCAUCAGACGCCCAUAGCCGAAUGUUACUGCAUGUUCAUUUGCUCAUUUUCCUCGGUCUCCGCAUCUGCAGGCUCCACUCCAGGAACUCGCUGUGUUCCCUGUACGUGCUCGAACGAAUAAACGGGUGAAUGACUGAGAAUUUGUGUGGCUCGGAUCAUCUUGUUCUGUGGAUCUGGAAUUUUGAUUAAUCUGAAAUCCACAGCAAUGUUCGGCGCUGGCCUUGACAUCACAUCGCAGGACCGUAUGACCUGGACUGCAAACUUUUUUCACUUUUUUUUUUACAAGAGAAAAACAGUUAAGUGAGCGAGGAACACUGCUGUCCUUACGCCUUUUAUUUUUGUUGUUCUGUUAUUUAAGUCAUUGUGAUGUCAGCGGUUUUCAGUUUGAGGUCUGUUAAUUGCAAUACUUUUACAGGAAAAAAGGUGACUGAAAACUCUUUUAAAAAUCAAUAAAACUAUUGCUCAAAGAUACUGUUGUAGUCCC